AUGGACAGUGCACCGACGAAACCGCCAUCCAACCUCUUCCAGGUCUACUUGCGCCUGCGGCCCUCACCAGCCGGCUCGACCGCCUCAGACAAGUUCCUCUCUGUCGAGCGCGAGGACACGUCCGAACACCCGACGCACAUCAUCCUGAACCCGCCCAACGACCGCAAACGCUCCACCGAGAAGUUCGCCUUCACCCAAGUCUUCGAAGAAGAUGCCACCCAGCUCGACGUCUUCCAGUGCACCGGCGUCGCGCCCUUGAUCGAGGGCGUCCUGGCGCCUCACGGCGGCGUGGGCACCGAUGCGCUGCUCGCGACCCUCGGCGUCACCGGCUCGGGCAAGUCGCACACCAUUCUGGGCUCGCGGUCCCAGCGCGGCCUGACGCAGCUGUCGCUCGACGUCAUCUUUCGGGCCAUCGGCUUCAACAUGCUCGACAACGCCUCGUCGCCUGAUCUCGACUCGUCCCUGCAACUGUCAGACCCCUCUGAUGCCACCAUCGUUUCGGCACCCACCUUCCUCGAGACCGUCUAUGCCGACUUUGCUGGUCCCGCGCGCGCCGGCUCGCGCGCGCCGACGCCUAUGCUUGUAGGGCCCCCUCCUGCUUUCUUUGACGCCCCUCCUGCUUUCCUUGCCGCCUCUCCUGCUUUCUUUGACACCCCUCGUCCGCACACCGCACCUCGCCGUGUCCCGUCCGGCCCUGGGCCCCCGACCGUUCGCGUCGUGCCCCCGACCCCGAACGCGCAAGGCCGAGUUCUGCCCACAUCCUCCUCAACACCCAUGCAUCUCCCCCCCAGCCCCCAGAAACACCUGCCCACGCAGCACACACUCAGCCCCCAGAAGCACUACAUGACCUGGACCACAGCCUCCAAGACGAAGAAGAAUCUGACGAAAACUCCAAUCAAGGGCGAAUACCCCCCGCAGCAGACCCCUCGAAGACAUCUACAACGCCCAUCUGCCGUGCCGCAGAUCCCCGACGUCAGCACCGUCCAUGUCUCCUCCGAUCCCAACGCCGAGUACGCCGUCGUUCUCUCCAUGUACGAAGUGUACAACGACAAGAUCUACGACCUCCUGACCCCUCCCAUUCGAUCCAACGCCACCAAGGAAUACCGCCGACGCCCGUUGCUCUUCAAAUCUACAGAGCAAAGCGCCGACAGGAAGGUUGUCGCCGGGCUCAAGAAGAUUGUGUGCAAGAGCCUGCGCGAGGCCAUUCUCGUGCUCGAGGCCGGCCUGCACGAGCGACAGGUGGCUGGCACCGGCAGCAACAGCGUGUCGUCACGAAGCCACGGCUUCUUCUGCGUCGAAGUGCGGAAACGCACCAGGGGACAGAGAUCGUCCACCUGGACCGGCAGCACGCUGACAGUCGUCGAUCUGGCCGGCAGCGGAGCGUGCGCGCGAUGCAAAGACCCAAGGCAGCACGCUCGCCGAAGGCAGGCAAGAUCAACGAGAGUCUCAUGUACCUGGGGCAGUGCCUCCAGGCGCAGAGCGGGCUGGGGAACACAAGCAAGCAACUCCUUCUCAACAACAUCGUCUUCGUACACUGCCCCCGUCGUCCCCCGUCGAAACGCGCAACGAGGCGUCAUGAUCGUCACCGCUGACGCCCACGGCGACGUGAACGCAACCUCCCAGAUCCUUCGCUACAGCGCGCUCGCUCGCGAGGUCACGAUACCUCGCAUCCCUAGCAUCACAUCCACGAUCCUCGCAGACAUGCCGACGGCAAACGCACACUCUGAAACUCUGUUGUCCGUCAACUCUGCAUCCUCUCAGCGGUCCUACUUCUCUCAACCGUCCGGCUCUCACCGCAACAUCUCCCCCAGCAGCCCGACGGAUGGCGACAGGUUCAUCAUGGAGCACGCCGCUCUCGAAAUCGCCCGCAUGCAGGAAGAGAUCAACAGCCUGCACCAGGAACUCGACGUCGAGCGCGAUGCGCGCGUCGCCGCCGAGGCACACUUGCUCAGCAUGGAAGACCGCAUGCUCGAGCUUGAGCAAACCAUCCGCGAGGACUGCGCCGCCGAGUACGAAUCACGGUAUGACCUCGAGGUGGCACGUUGGAAGGCCACGAUGCAGGCCCAGCAGGAGCGCGGCGAAGAGCACUGGGAUCGCAAGAUGGAACUUUUUGAGCGCGGUCUUGGACCCCAUGACGAUGACGACGAGGAAGGCGGCGAAGACAAGGAGAACGUUCUCGUCGAGAACCUGGCGCAGGAGAACGAGCGUCUUCGCCGCGAGAUGGGAGUGCUCAAGCGUGAGCUUGCUGGCCGGAGUCCGACGCGGAGGCAGCCUCUCCACGAGCGGGACGACUUUGGCAGCCGCAAGCCCGACGGCGGCACCGGAAGCCUGGGUCGCAAGAUGGAGCAGCUUCGCGUUAGCAACGCCAGCGUCUCGAGCGUCGCCAGCGGCGGCAGCCCCAAGAAAAUCAGGCGACUGCCGACGAAACGGUGGGAGGACGCUGACGACCUGGCGUAG